AUGAUUCCCUACCAAAGAAGUCACCUGGUGCAGCCUAUCAGUGUUUACACUAUAAAGAGCAGCAGGUUGGUGUAGUGUUUCAGUGGCCGUUUCAGCAAUGAAUCUUACACAGGAUGAGAAGUGCUGCGCCUUCGAGUCUCCCACCCUGGACCAGUUUUUGCCUCCYAUUCUGAUCCUGGAGUUCAUGUUUGGACUCAUUGGAAACUUUGUCGCGCUGUGGAUGUUCAUCUUUCACAUGGACACAUGGAAGCCCAACUCUGUGUAUCUGACUCACCUGGCUGUUGCUGACUCCAUUGUGCUGUUCUGCCUGCCCUUCAGAGCAGACUACUACAMMCGUGGAAAYAAKUGGCUGUAUGGCGAUGUCCCGUGUCGUAUCCUACUCUUUCUGCUGGCAGCCAACCGUGCAGCAGGGAUCUUCUUCCUCACUGCCGUGGCUGUUGAUCGAUACUUCAAGAUCGUCCACCCAAUGAACAAGAUCAACCGAAUGGGCCUGGGCUAUGCUCUCUGGGUUUCUGUCGGCCUCUGGUGUCUGAUAUUUCUUGCAACUGGUGCCACGUCCGGCUUUGGAUAA